AUGUUAGCAUUUUAAUCAUGUAACCUUUCAUCAAGUUAAUAAUCUGGUCUGUCACUGUUAAAUGUAAAUUAAUCACAUGAGAUUGAAUCAUCUUAAUCAUCAUCAUAUUGGCUUCAAGCAUUUAAUUAAUUCCCAUCUCAAAUACAACAGAAAGACUAGCUAAUUCAACAAGAGAACUAGAAAUUAAAAAAUGACAAUCAACUUCUGCAAUAAUAAGUGAAUCAUUUAGAGAAUAAGCAAUAAGAGUUGAUUUAUGAAAUCCAUGAUUUGAGAUAGUUAAUUAAGAGAGUAUACUCUGAGAGUGAAAUGACAGUUCAAUUCUUAAAAACUAAAAAUGUACAUUAUGAAUUAAUUUUAAAGGUCACACUUGAACAUCUCAAUGACAGUUUAGAAAAAGCCCUCAAAAAUUUAUAAAAUAAUAUUAAUAUGUUUGGACAACUGAAAGACCUUUCUGAAUUCAUGAAAGACGGAGCUGAUCUUUGAUUACCCUAUACAUAUUAACUAACUACUAUUUU